UGGCCAACGUUUCAAACACCCUACCACCUCUUUUAUUGCCUACUCUUCUCCUCUAGCUUAAGGUGGAGAGAGAGAGAGAGAGAUGAAUUUUGAGCUCCCCCCUGGUUUUCGGUUCCAUCCAACUGAUGAGGAGCUCAUCAUCUACUACCUUCGAAACCAUGGGAUGUUGGUGCCAUGCCCAAUUUCGAUCAUCCCAGAGGUGAACAUAUGUAAGUUCGACCCAUGGGAAUUACCAGGGAAGUCAUUCUUAAGGGAGGGAGUGUGGUAUUUCUUCAGCCCUCGUGACCUUAAAUACCCAAAUGGCGGACGGCCUAACCGAGCCACAGCGUCGGGGUAUUGGAAGGCCACAGGCACGGAUAAGGCCAUCUAUAGCAACUCCAAGCACGUAGGGGUGAAGAAGGCUCUCGUGUUCUAUAGGGGCCGGCCGCCUAAGGGGUCCAAGACUGAGUGGAUCAUGCAUGAGUACCGGCUAGCCCAACCGACUACUAAUGGAGCUCUGAAGCCUAACAAAUCCACGAGAGUGGAAGAAUGGGUACUCUGUAGGAUCCAUCAAAAGAAGCAGUCAAAGAGGAUUACAGAUGAUGGGCAAGAAGAUUCUUUUGUCAAAGAGACACCUCAUAUGAAAAUAACAAGCAAUUUGGAGGAGAAAGUGCCAAUAUUUCCCAGAUCAUCAUGCACUUUUGCGCAUCUCUUGGAGCCAGAUUUCAUCCUAGAUUCUCAACUGUUUGAUGAGUCCCAGUUUGGCCCGAUCGACGGGCUUUUCGACACCAAUCGCAGCGAUCGCCCCGCUGACAUGGUUAAAUUUCUGCAGGCCGAUGCGAUGAAACCUGUAGGAAGUGAUCAGAGUCUUCGGAUCAAGCACCCAAUCUUUGUUGAUCCAAUCUUCCAUCAUUAAGAUAUUAAUGGAAGCAAAAGAGAAGAGGGGAGUCAAGCUUGUUUGAGCUUGACCAUGAGCUUCUUCCACUAGUCAAAAGCUUGUACGACUUGUGGGGGAAAAAGAAAACUUGUACACUUUCUCCACUAUGAGAUGCUUGCAUGUGCUCUAAUUUGUAUACCCUGCUAUAGGACGGCUGGUAUCAAGGUUGUGUGAACAUGCGUGGAAAUUUAUGGGGGAAAAGGGAAUCAGACAAGGCUUGUACUUGGGUCAAUGUUUGAAAAUAUAAAUUCCUUUAAAUAUCUAUUU